CGUAUUUCCCGUGAAGAAGAGCAAACGUGAUGAAACGACAUGCUAGUUUAGUUGUUCGUUUAACACAUGUGUUGUUUAAAUACGAGGGUCUAUAUUUUUAGCGUUUUUCCUGGUGUACUUUCUCCCUACAUUCCUCAGUUCAGACCUCGGCUCAUCGGAAACGUGCCAAGAUGCCUGUCCUGUGCAGCAGCUGUGCUGACAAGCGCGCCGUGCUGAGACGUCCAAAAACCGGUCACUCACUUUGUAAGGAGUGCUUCUUCUGGGCCUUUGAGGAGGAGGUGCAUCAGACGAUCGUGGCAGCAAAGUUGUUUAAACCUGGCGAGACGGUAGGAAUCGCUGCCUCCGGUGGGAAAGACUCCACAGUGCUGGCUCACGUGAUGAAGCUCCUGAAUGAGCGAUACAGCUAUGGCCUCGAGCUUAUGCUACUCUCUGUGGAUGAGGGAAUCACUGGUUAUCGAGACGACUCGUUGGAGACGGUGAAGAGGAACCAGCAGCAGUAUGAGCUGCCACUGAAGAUUGUGUCAUAUGAGGAGCUGUAUGGCUGGACUAUGGAUGCUAUAGUGAAGCAAGUGGGACUGAAAAAUAACUGCACCUUCUGUGGAGUGUUCAGAAGACAGGCGCUAGACAGAGGAGCCAUCAUGCUGAAAGUGGACAAGAUAUGUACAGGUCACAAUGCUGACGAUGUGGCGGAAACAGUUUUGAUGAACGUCUUGCGAGGUGACAUAGCUCGUCUGCGCCGCUGCACUGCCAUCGCCACAUCCAGCGAGGGUGACGGAGUCGUGCCGCGCUGCAAGCCCCUCAAAUAUGCGUAUGAGAAAGAGAUCGUUUUGUAUGCUUAUUUUAAGAAAUUGGACUACUUUUCCACAGAAUGUAUUUACUCUCCCAAUGCUUAUCGUGGCCAUGCAAGGACCUUCUUAAAGGACCUUGAGAGUAUAAGGCCCAGCUCCAUCAUGGAUGUCAUCCACUCUGGGGAGAACCUGUCUGUGCGGGAGGGGGUGAAGAUGCCUGUGCAGGGGACCUGCAGCAGGUGUGGCUACAUCUCCAGCCAGGCGCUGUGUAAGUCCUGUGUGCUGCUGGAGGGCCUGAACCGAGGCCUGCCGAAACUCGGCAUAGGCAAACACCACCGCCUGCAUGACAAAAUCCUCUCCCAGCAGCCCCUCACCGAAAAAGAGGAGAGGAAGCUGAAAUCUGUAGACUUUUGACAAAUAUGACCUUUUUUGUGUAGCAUCAGACUAAAGAUAUAUAAUGAAAUUUUAGAAUAAACCAAAUUGUUUUUCUUUUCCAUGAGAGGAAAACUUAUCUGCAAAAUCAAAUAUCUUGUUUUCAUUUAUCACUAAUAUUUAUUGAACCUUUUAUUUAGAACAUUUAAUUUUAGUAAAACUUAGAACCCCUCAGACCAGUGAAGCAUCUUCACAGCACUAAAAGUCAGUUUGUUGCUGUUUUACAGCUGCUAACCUUGAUCACUGAGAUACUUGUGUUUAUCUUGUGGUACCAUUCAAUAAUAGCUGAAUGAUCCAUGUAUCCAGUUGUUUUUGUUGUAAUAUAAUAUCUGUACAACAAAACAAGAUGGCGGAAAGUGGAAAAUGUUCAGUUUAUGUGAAUGCUUUGGUGCUAAGACCUACAUUGUCCCAGCAUGUUUCAUAUCUUUAUUUUAUGCUACCUCUUAUGCACCAGUCUCUGGGGAGGAUAUGAUGAUGGUUAUGGUCACAUUCCAAAGUGUUUUACUAACUAUAAUUUAAUAAAUAACUGUCAUUUA